AUGCGACCAAAAGAAUUAUUAUCAGGGGCAGCUGAAAGUGUACCUUCCACUGAUGUAGUUGUAGUGGCCUUCAAGGUGUCAUUUUGCGCUGAUGACCAUCUUUCUCGCUUUCUCUCUAUUCUUCACGCUCUCUAUCCAUCUCUCUCUUUCUCUCUCUUCUUCACGCUCUCUAGCCAUCUCUCUCUUUCUCUCUCUUCUUCACGAUUUCUAGCCAUCUUUCUCUCUUUCUCUCUAUUCUUCACGCUCUCUAUCCAUCUCUCUCUUUCUCUCUCUUCUUCACGCUCUCUAUCCAUCUCUCUCUUUCUCUCUCUUCUUCACGCUCUCUAUCCAUCUCUCUCUCUUUCUCUCUCUUCUUCACGCUCUCUAUCCAUCUCUCUCUUUUACUCUCUUCCUCACGCUCUCCAUCCAUCUCUCUCUCUUUUUCUCUCUUCUUCACGCUCUCUAUCUAUCUCUCUUGCUUUCUCUCCCCCUCCCCAGGUAUAUUCCAGGUGA